GAGCAGGCUUUUAUUUUAAACUUUUUGGCUGUCAUUUCUGAACGGCUGUUUUAAGAGAAAAAAAAGCUAACACCAUCAAGCCGCACCGCAAUAAUCCCUGAGAUUUUCUUUUGCUUCUGUAACUUUGGGAUGGGUCCAGAGCUGUGGUGGGAAGCGAUCCAAUAGCAGCCGAUAAACUAAAUCAUGACAGCACACACUGAUCGGCGAGUUGCUCUCGCUGGUUAGCGAUCCGCUUAGUUAGCAAUUGCCUCUUCCCCCCACCCCCCCUUCUGCAAGGGGCGACUGAAGGCCACUGCACAAGGACAAAUUUUUAAAAAUAAGAAGUCUGCGAUUUGUGCCUCAUUCUCUCCCUCUCUCUCGGGCGCGCUGCUCCCUCCCUCCCAAGGCGGCCUUCAAAUAAUCCGCUUUUGUUGUGUGUGUGUGUUUUUUUUCUUACUGUGCAAUGUAGUGAAUUGAAGGGUCGAGAUGGAUGUAAACGGAGUUUCUCAGUGUCGGGAGAACGGGAGCUCGGAGCCCAUCCCCCACGCUCAGGGGUCUGGAGGCAGUGGCUGUCAGCAACAGCAGCAGCAGCAGCAGCAGCAGCAACAGCAGGAUGGGCAACAAGAGGAGAGUGCAACUGGCAGUGACAGUCACAGUCAGGAAAAGCGACCAGCAAAUGAUCAGGAAGACAAGAAGAGAGCAUCAACCACCAAGACUUCCAGUGCUCCAUCUUACAGCAGGUGGUCAGGUUCUCAGCCUCAUCAGCAGCCAGGCCCUGCAGUGAGAACAUACCAGAACAGUAAGGCAAGGGUCACCAUGAGCCCUGGCUUUACCCCACAGUGGAACAACAACCAGUCUGCCUGGAACAAUUACACCUACCCCAGGGCUAACAUUCACUAUCAGUCCCAUGCCAAUUACAGCUACUGUCCUGGGCAUCCUGCCCAAUCCUAUGCACCAGCUCCUCACCCUAUGGCUCCUCCCAGUCCGAGCACAAACAGCAGCAACAACAGCAGUGGUGAGCAGCUGAGUAAGACCAAUCUGUACAUCAGGGGUCUGCCACCAGGCACCACCGACCAGGAUCUUAUCAAGCUCUGCCAACCAUAUGGAAAGAUAGUAUCGACAAAGGCCAUCCUAGACAAAAACACGAACCAGUGCAAAGGCUAUGGCUUCGUAGAUUUUGACAGCCCAGCAGCUGCACAGAAGGCAGUGGCAUCUCUCAAAGCCAGUGGAGUACAGGCCCAGAUGGCAAAGCAGCAAGAACAGGACCCAACCAACCUGUACAUCUCAAAUCUGCCGAUAUCCAUGGAUGAGCAGGAACUAGAGAAUAUGCUGAAACCUUUCGGCCAUGUCAUCUCCACAAGGAUAUUAAGAGAUGCAAAUGGAGUAAGCCGAGGGGUGGGAUUUGCCAGAAUGGAGUCCACUGAGAAAUGUGAAGUAGUAAUUCAGCAUUUUAAUGGGAAAUACCUGAAAAUGCCACCAGGUGUACCAGCCCCCAGUGAGCCUUUGCUGUGCAAAUUUGCUGAUGGAGGGCAGAAGAAAAGACAGAAUCAAAGCAAAUAUACGCAAAAUGGAAGGCCGUGGCCCAGAGAAGGAGAGACUGGAAUGGCUUUAACCUAUGAUCCCACCGCUGCUAUGCAGAAUGGUUUUUAUUCUUCACCAUACAGUAUUGCAACAAAUCGUAUGAUUGCACAGACAUCUAUCACACCUUUCAUUGCUGCUUCUCCUGUUUCAACAUAUCAGGUCCAGAGUACAUCAUGGAUGCCUCAUCAACCAUAUGUUAUGCAACCAGCAGGUGCUGUGAUAACGCCCACGAUGGACCACACUAUGUCCAUGCAGCCAGCCAGUAUGAUGGGACCUUUGACCCAGCAGAUGAACCACCUGUCACUGGGCACAGCAGGAACAUAUAUGACUGCUGCAGCACCUAUGCAAGGGACCUACAUUCCCCAGUACACUCCUGUGCCUCCAGCAGCUGUCCCUGUUGAAGGUGUUGUUGCUGAUACCUCCCCACAGACAGUCGCACCUUCAUCACAGGAAGCCAGUGGCCAACAGCAGAUACCAGUGGAAACAACCAAUGAUCAUGCACCUACCUAUUCUUACCAACAAGCUAAGUAA